AUGGAAAGCAUAACAAGCUUCCUCUCCGCCAUUGGGCAAGAGGUAGAAGAUGCCGAAGAGGAAUCCUUCAUCCUCUUCUCCCAGGACAUCCCCUCCUCGAACCUAGGCUUCGUCGACUCGAAGGCUACGUCCGUUGACAUCUCCAUCCGCGACCAGGAAUACACAAUCCACCAGUCUCCAACGCUACUUUCAUCUUCCCGCGCUGGGGGUACAACCGGUGCAGUCCUAUGGAAAAUAACCCCCCUCUUCGCAGAAUGGCUCUCAGACCAGCCAUCAAACCCGCUCUGGACACACUCAAUCCUCAGACCCUCGUCAACAGUCGUCGAGCUAGGAUGCGGCAUCUCAGCUCUUACAGCCCUCGCCCUCUCCCCCCUCCUUGAACCACAGGGGAACGGGAGCGGGGACGGUCACUACAUCGCCACAGACCAAGAAUACGUCCACCGUCUUUUCCGCCAGAACCUACUCAGCAAUCCUCCCCGGUCAUCAGCAUCUACCAAAAAGGUCAAGGCGCAGCCAAAGGGGAAAAGAGGGCAGAAACCCUCUACUACUACUGCUGCUGCUAAUACUAAUACUAAUACUCCCGGUGAUGAGGGCCAAAACACAAACCCACACGCAAACAUCACAUUCACAUCCCUAGACUGGGAAACAGAUCACCCGGAGACACUGAAGCAGCAAAUCCAACACCAGCCAGCCUCUUCACAAGAUAACGGCGAUGAUGAAGAGGAGGAGAGCGAUAACGGCUUCGACCUCCUCCUCUCCUGCGACUGCAUCUACAACGAAGCUCUAAUCUCGCCCUUCGUGCGGGCCUGUGCGGAGAUUGCGCGGCUGCGGCCGAUAUUCGAUUCCAAUACAGAAGGAUCGCCAGUAGCUUAUGGGCGGCGGAGGAAGCCAACAAUAUGCGUCAUUGCGCAGCAGCAGCGCUCGCCGGAUGUCUUUGAGGCGUGGCUGAGGGAGACGAUGCGCCAUUUCAGGGUUUGGAGAGUCGCUGAUGAUGUGCUGGGGCAGAGAUUGGGGGUUGGGAGUGGGUAUCUGGUGCAUGUUUUGGUUUUGAAGGCAUGA